AAUCACACACGCUACUGUUUCUCCAAAGCCCAUUCAUAUUUUGUCACAUGUAAAAAUUUAUAUAUUUGAACGAUGCUUUUGAUACCCAAUGUAUUAGUCGAUAUUAAUUCCUUAAAAAAAAAAAAAAAAACAUAUUAGUCGAUAUUAUCUUAUUAGAUUUUUUCCCACCGACCCUGAUCUCCUCUCUCUCUCUCUCUCUCUCUCUCUCUACACUUCCCUAUAUAUUUUCAACCACUGUCUCUGACUCAAACCAAAUCCCCUCUGCAGUCCUUUGUCAAUCUUUUUACUUGUCAUCAUAUAUCCACUAUAUAUUCACAACCAUGAUGAGCUUCUGCAAGAAAAGUGUUCACUCUCUCUUAUACUUCACUAACUUCAUGGCCAAUGGAGCAGUACUAGAAUCCCCCACUAACCUCCAGAACAUUCCAUCUCCGGCCGGAGGUCUCAGUUUCAUCACCUUAUUCGAUGACCUCCGACAACCCAUCGAGUCCGCCGGAUUGAAAUCACCACCUUCUUCUCCCACAACCACAGCUCCGGCCGCUACCAAAAGAAAUUCCGUCAAAGUUGGGUUUCUUGAUGACGUCAGUGGCAUCGACGGUGGCUCGUGUACCGAGAGGUUAGGGUUUGAGAGCUCGGACGAGAGUUUUGUUGAUGAUGAAAUCGAAAAUGUGUUUAAAGAGGAAUUGGGUUCGAAGCCGAGUUUUCCGAGAAAAUCAAGAUUGGGGAGAACAGAGAAAGUGUGCAAGAGUUUUCCGCCGCCGUUGCCGUCAUUGGAGUACUGCAACGGCAGACCUACUUUCGUGCUCCGGCCGACGAGGAAGGACGGGAGAUUGGAGCUCAACGUGGUGAAGAUUGAGCGGCCGGAGAUUUUCCGUGCUUCCCGCCAGGAUGGACGGUUGAGAUUAAGUGUUGUUGUAGAUGAAGAUAGUGAUGCUGAAGAAAAUGAAGCUGAAUAUGAAACAAAAGAAGAUAAGGAAGAAGUGGUUGAAGAGAGAGGCGGCGGCAGCCGGUGGCCGUUUUCGAGGACAAAUGGUGGGGGAGAUGGUUUUUCCCGGUGCCAUGUGGCGGUGAGUCACCACCAUAACCAUCCCCAUAGUUUGCAGGUGUGGUAACUAGAGACAAGCAUCAUGAAUGUGCGUGUGUUUUUGUGGUGAAUUGAGAGAGAUCGAGAGAGACUCUGAGACUGAAUUUGGUGGCAAAAUUGGAGAUAAACAUAUUCUCAAUGCCUAAAGUUUUUUCUGCCCCUUCGAGUCUCCAAAUGGUGGCAAAGCAGAAGGCUGGCACGCACGUGUUAGAGCGAUGAACCGUGUAGGAUUCUGGACUGGAGAGAAAGUGAGUGCUUUACCUUUGUCAAAUUCAGGAGUUAUUUGCAAUAUAUAUAUAUAUAUAUAUAUAUAUAUAUAUAUAUAUAUAUAUAUAUAUUAUUCACUUUUUUGAGAAGGCCAAAGUGAAAAAUGAAAAAUACCCUCUUGAUGUUUGUUCUAAAUUUUUGUUGAGCAUUGUGGUGGUGUUUAUUGAAAAUAAAUAAAGAAGGCUUUCUAUGUGUCAAUGUAUGUGUGAUUGGAGAGUGCCAUAAAUUAUUGGAGCUGGUGGACUCUGCUGUUGAGGACAUAUUAGAUAGAAAAUGUAAAACUGACUUUGGUGAAGAAAAUGUUUAAUUUAUAUUAUAUUUUUUGUUUUUAUGAUUUUAUGAAAUUUAUUGUAAUAGUAUCUUUAUUAAUAAAAAUUAAGAAGGUAAAAUUUAAAAGAAAGGUGG